AAUGUGCUUUAUUUAAAUUCAACCAACGUGACCUUUAAUUAAUUCUGUACCCUACUUUAAUUUUCUUGAAGGUUGGUGUACAGGAAAGGGGAACAAAACAAAAUGUUCGGCCGUACCCAGCAUGGUGUGGUGUCCACCUUUCCUCCGGUAAUUGAAUCUCGUUCCCAGAAGCCCCCUAGUGGGAGUUCAUCAUAAAUUUCACCAACCACAGACCCAAACAGUAAGUACGCAACCACAUCUUCAACGAGAAAACCAGAUUGAGCGAGGGUCUGAAACCACUAACCUAUUAUAGUUCACUGCUGAUUAAUUUGCUGGAUAGUUUGAGACAACCAUAUUUCCCCCAAUUUAUAGUAGCAUAUUGGUCAAUAUAAAGCAUCGAAUGCAGAAAAUGUGAUCACCUCAAACAUAAAUAUUGCUUUUCGAUGUUCAAUAUAUAUAAUUUCGGCAAACACUAAGCAUCAAUAAUAAAGUUUUCUCAUUCUGAUUAUGCUCCGUCCGUAGCGUUUCAAGCGUCAAAAAAAAGCCCAGUACAGCACAAUUAGAAGCGUAUAAAAGGACUAUAUGUGACAAAUGAUAUGAACCGCUUUGCAAUGUUUUGCGAGAAUAUACUCGGCGUUACAGGUGAACUUAUACAACGCUAUUAGCAGGGAAGCAAUCGCUUUUCGAACAUCGUUCACAAAAGUCAAUCGGAAUCUUAAAAUUCCAAAAGAACUCUCUCUGACUUUCUUAAACUUAAGGAUUGUUUUCUAUCCGAAAAGAUUCUGCCUCGAGUUCACCUAGUUACAGAAUAUUCUUUGUUAAAUGUAGUGCGGAGGUGGAAAAACUUGUCAAUCGCCGUUCGGUGCUGUGUUAGAUCUUUGGAAGUUACAGUUCUCUAACAGCAACUGCUUUUAAUGUCUCAGGGAGACUCUGAUACUCUCGCUGCACCCGAACUAUAUAACGCUUUCAACACCCUGGGCACUUUGAGUGUAAAUAUAGUUCACACUGAUUUGGGGGGGGGGGGCAAAUUUUCAAGUCGGAAAGUGUAGGGAGUUACCGGAACAUUAGCCGUUUCCUUUUACGGUUCCUUCUCGUUCUUAUAACAUUGCAAUAUCUGUGAGCUGUAAAGAUCAGUGGGACGGCUCCAUGAGAUAGCAUUGUAUUUAUUCCUCAGUCAUUCUAUACGGACACUUGUCCUGAGUAUCUCAUACCCUAACUUAAGUUGGCAAUUCCAAGGAAUGUAGGGGCUCUUGUCGAUGGGUUCAUGCCCCACCAGCUCCAGAGCUGGGCUAUAAAACAUCUGAACAGGUUGAUUAGAAAAUAUUUAGAGAGGUCCACCAAUUCUUAGUGUGCCAAUGAACACCAUAAACGUAUUUUGUUUAAAAAAACAAAAUGACUUGCAGUUAAUGCGUCGUCCCAUUCACAAGUGUCUGUACCACAAAAUGGGAUUCUUUCAUAGUACGUACUCUAUAUUUUUUAAAAAAAAUCAAUUGAAAACGCUGGAGUGUCGGUAUUAUAAAGUAUGCACGCCAUUUAAAACAUAGUGAACUUAAAGUUUACAAAAAUCUUAAAGCGUAUGCUUUUGUAUUAAUUGCGCCAAUAACAACUCUGCAGGUGAACUCUAACCACGAUUAAAGUUGUCGCUCAUCAUAAAAUAAGUGAUGGACAGAAGUAAUGGUGAAAUUUGGAAAUUUCUUCCAAUCUUUUAUUUUUACUCUCAGCUACUUCGUUUUUAAAAAAAAACACAAUGAAACACGCAGAUUCCAUUUCCUUCCGCAAUUCUCUCUUGUUUGUAAUUAAAGUGAGAUGAUCAUUGAGAUGCAGUAAUUGUGGCUCUCCCGUGGCCUGGUGUUGUGCAUUUAUUCCAAUUGACAAUCACAUUGUUCUUUAAUUAGUAAAUGCCCGGUUUACCGCAUCCACUGAUUGGGAGAAAAAUUUGGCAAUGGAGGGCAUUACAAACGCAUAUCAUUUGUGGUUUAUCUCCGAUUCAAUUCGACUUGUACAGACAUGCACGUGGGCAGGCCUACGUGGUGUCUGAGCCGGAGGGAGCAGCUUCUCUUAGACCCAAGCCAAGGCGGCUGUGAGUGCCGAAGGAUGAGUUUGAGCGUGAAAUUCAGCAUCUUCCUGCUUCUGUCUGAGCGGAUGCUCAGCACCGCCACUCACCUUUCCAACCAAGUUGUGCUGCUAGACACAACAGCUGCGCUAGGAGAGCUGGGAUGGAAAGCAUAUCCAUUAAAUGGGUGGGAUGCUAUCCCAGAAAUGGAUGAACGCAACCGACCCAUUCAUACCUACCAGGUUUGCAAUGUGAUGGAACCCAAUCAAAACAACUGGCUGCGGACUAACUGGAUUUCACGUGAGGCAGCUCAAAAAGUGUACGUUGAGCUGAAAUUUACCCUGAGGGAUUGCAAUAGCAUUCCCUGGGUUCUGGGGACUUGCAAAGAGACAUUCAAUCUAUACUACAUGGAAUCGAAUGAGUCUCACGGUGUUAAAUUCAAGCAAAAUCAGUACACUAAAAUUGAUACAAUUGCAGCUGAUGAGAGUUUUACUCAGAUGGAUCUAGGAGAUCGUAUCCUUAAGCUGAACACUGAAAUCCGUGAAGUUGGGCCGAUAAGCAAAAAGGGAUUUUAUUUGGCCUUUCAGGAUAUUGGAGCUUGUAUUGCUCUUGUCUCUGUGCGUGUGUACUACAAAAAGUGCCCAUUUACUUUUCGCAACUUGGCAAUGUUUCCUGACACAAUCCCGAGAGUUGAUUCUUCAUCCCUUGUGGAAGUCCGUGGGUCCUGUGUAAAGAAUGCAGAGGAGAAAGACACACCAAAACUCUACUGUGGUGCAGAUGGAGACUGGCUGGUUCCUUUGGGAAGAUGUGUCUGUAGUACUGGCUAUGAGGAAGUGAAUGGAGCCUGCCAUGCUUGCAGGCAUGGAUUCUAUAAACCUUUUGCUGGAAACACCAAAUGCUCCAAAUGUCCUCCACAUAGCUUCACUCAUGAAGAUGCCUCACAAGUGUGUAAAUGUGACAAAGGUUACUACAGGGCAGAAAAAGACCCACCAACAAUGGCUUGUACCAGACCUCCUUCCACCCCUCGAAAUGUCAUUUUCAACAUUAAUGACUCAUCGCUAAUCCUUGAGUGGAGUCCACCAGUAGAUACAGGGGGACGGAAAGAUCUCACCUAUAAUGUCAUCUGUAAGAUGUGUGGCUUAGGCCCUAAGAAGUGCUCGCUCUGUGGAGGAGGCGUACGUUUUGUACCUCGCAACACAGGCUUGACAAAUACUUCAGUGACUGUUGUUGACUUUCUUGCCCACAUGAAUUACACAUUUGAGAUUGAGUCAGUGAAUGGAGUCUCCAGUGAGAGCACGGUUCCCAGGCAGUAUGCUAUUCUCACCAUAGUCACUAAUCAAGCUGCUCCCUCUCUGAUUGGGUUUCUGAGGAAAGAUUGGGCAUCCCAGAACAGUAUUGGUCUGUCAUGGCCGGAGCCUGAGCAUCCAAAUGGAGUCAUUCUGGACUACGAGAUAAAGUACUAUGAAAAAGAACACGAACAACUCAGCUACUCCUCUACAAGGUCCAAAUCUUCCAGUGUAAUCAUUAAUGGACUGAAGCAUGCUACGAAAUAUGUAUUUCAGAUCCGUGCUCGGACUGCGGCUGGAUAUGGCAGUUACAGUCAGAAGUUUGAGUUUGAAACCGGAGAUGAAUCAUCUGACAUUGCCACAGAACAAGGGCAAGUUUUGGUCAUUGCAACUGCUGCAGUUGGAGGAUUCACUCUUCUUGUUAUCCUCACCCUGUUCUUCCUAAUCACUGGCAGGUGCCGUUGGUAUAUUAAAGCAAAAAUGAAAUCUGAAGAAAAGAGGAGAACACAUUUCCAAAAUGGACAUAUCAGAUUUCCGGAGAUAAGAACAUACAUUGAUCCUGAUACUUAUGAAGACCCAUCUCAAGCUGUGCAUGAAUUUGCGAAAGAAAUAGAUCCCUCCAGAAUUCGCAUAGAGAGAGUAAUUGGAGCAGGGGAAUUUGGAGAGGUCUGUAGCGGUCGGCUAAAGACACCUGGAAAAAGGGAAAUUCCUGUGGCUAUUAAGACCUUAAAAGGAGGUUACAUGGAUAGACAACGAAAGGAUUUCCUCAGAGAAGCUAGCAUCAUGGGCCAAUUUGACCACCCUAACAUUGUUCGUUUGGAGGGAGUUGUAACAAAAAGUAGGCCAGUGAUGAUCGUGGUUGAAUAUAUGGAAAAUGGAUCCCUGGACUCAUUUCUGAGGAAACAUGAUGGACAUUUCACAGUCAUUCAACUAGUGGGCAUGCUUCGUGGGAUAGCAUCUGGCAUGAAAUACCUGUCUGACAUGGGCUAUGUACACCGUGAUUUGGCUGCUCGUAAUAUCCUUGUCAAUAGUAACCUUGUCUGUAAAGUAUCAGACUUUGGUCUUUCUAGAGUGCUUGAAGAUGACCCUGAAGCUGCAUACACUACAACGGGUGGGAAAAUUCCUAUUCGGUGGACGGCUCCUGAAGCAAUAGCCUACAGAAAGUUCUCUUCAGCUAGUGAUGUGUGGAGUUAUGGAAUCGUAAUGUGGGAAGUGAUGUCAUAUGGGGAAAGACCUUACUGGGAGAUGUCCAACCAAGAUGUUAUUUUAUCAAUAGAAGAGGGUUAUCGACUCCCUUCUCCAAUGGGCUGCCCUGGCACUCUUCAUCAGCUCAUGCUCCAUUGUUGGCAGAAGGAACGAAAUCACAGGCCAAAGUUCACAGAAAUUGUUAGUUUCUUGGACAAAGUGAUUCGCAAUCCAAGCAGCCUUCAGAACCUAGUGGAAGAGGUGCAUGGAUUACCAGAAUCUCCUGGUGAACUGCCAGAGUUUUCUUUGUUUCUCUCCGUAAAUGAUUGGCUGGACUCAAUCAAAAUGGAACAGUACAAGAGCAAUUUCAUGGCCGCAGGCCUCACAAGUUUGGAUUCAGUCACAAGGAUGAGUAUUGAUGAUGUGAGAAGAAUUGGGGUCACAUUAAUAGGACAUCAGAGACGAAUAGUGAGCAGUAUACAGACUUUGAGACUGCACAUGUUCCACAUACAGGAGAAAGGAUUUCAUGUGUGAAUACACUACUAAUGUUAUUGAGUUCUAUCUCAGCAAGUUCGGUGGGAGAACAUUUUAUAACUACAAUGCCUAGCUUUGUCUAUGUGGAAAGUAUGAUGAGACAUUGAUAGUUGACAUUUCCUUAAUUUGGACAAGUUUUCAACAUGAAUCUUAAGCCUCCACAAGUUUCCGUACUUUAGAUAAAACUUUACGAACCAAUUCCCCAUAGAGCUAACAAACUAUUGCUAAUAAAGUGGAGUCUAAGAAACACUAAUUGCCAAUUACUCCAUUGUUAUUUAAAGAACAGUUCAUGUGUAGAUGGAUACCUCUUGCAGUAAUAUUCUAAUGGCCAUGUGGCUGCAACAGUAUUGAUACGUUUAGAGUUAUAGGUUGAGAAGUAAUCUCUUUUCCAUGUUUGUGACUGUUUAGCUGCUAAUAUCAAAUGUGCAAUCAAAAGAUUGACUUUAAUAUGUUCUUUUUGUAAUUUAUCCUGUACAGAUCCGAAAGGAUUUUUUCUUUAUUUCAAAUUAAUUCUUGGUAUGCUAGUAUAUGGAUAAAAUAGACAUUAACUGAACUUGAAAGUAUUGAGUCUAAAAGAUCUUGCAAUUUAACUCAUGAGAAUAGAUGUGGGAGUUGCCUUAUUUCAUUUUGUGUUCAUCUGAGAACGAAUUUUAUGUGUGUAGGUAUAUUUUUACAGAAAAGAAAAUGUAGUUAGCAAUUUAAUGCCAUCACCAGGCUAUUGCCUUUUAAUAUCAGUGAGUAUUUAUUAGGCCUUAAUCUGCAACCAUUUUGUUCAUAGGUGCACCUAUGUUUCUGAGAUUGUGCCUACAAUUAUGACUGUUGAGCACUUCAGAUUGCCAUGAAUAACAGUUGUCAUUUCUUUUUCCUUUUGAGUUCUCUGUCCAAAGACAGAUCUGAUCCACAGCGCCACAAACUUCACUACAGGGAGGGCAAGAAGCCAGCUUCCCAGUCCAGCCCAGGGAUUGAAGCCCAGGCUGAUCCAUGCCAGCCAUCUAGCUUACUGAGUCAGUCACCACACCAAAAAAUAAGAAGUCCAAUUUCUGUGAUGACAUAUUCAUGCAUAUUGUAGCUUAUAGCUGUGAAUAUUAAAAAUAGACUCCAAUUCUUCCAUCAAAUGGCUGCCACACAUUUUUCUCACUCACAUCAUAUCAUUGGCGAGUGUUGGAGGGAUUUACACGUUGACACUCAACCUGCUGACAAUAUCAAUGGCCAUCAUAACUUGCAGUAGAAUUUGAAACUGGAGAGGCUCCGAGGUAGGGAUGCAACACAUUGUAAAUUAGGUUUCUAAAGUUAUGUAUUGCUACAGGAACCCCGGAGUGGCCGGUUAGACUUCAAUCUACUUUUCAAAGUAGUUAGAUUAGAUACCCUAUGGUGUAGAAAAAGGCCCUUCGGCCCACAAGCCCAUACCAACCCUCCGAAGAGUAACC